UCGACCUUGUUCGGUUUCUGCGACAGUCUGAAAACAAAAGAAACGAAAAAUGGCUCCGAAGAAAAAGCAGACUACGACGAAGCAAAGCAGCAGCAGCAAGGCUAAAACAGCGUCGUCGGCACCGAGGCUCCAGAUUUCGGCCGAUAACGAGAACCGGGUCCGCCGGCUCCUGCUCAACUCGGGGAGGUCCACCGCCCCGGCGGCUCCGGUCGACGAGUCUCUUUCCAAGGCUCAGAAGACGAAGAAGCUCAAAGCCGUGUACGAGAAGCUUUCCUGCGAAGGCUUCACGAACGAUCAAAUCGAACUCGCUCUUUCUGCUCUCAAGGAGGGUGCUACAUUUGAGAAUGCAGUGGACUGGUUGUGCUUAAAUUUGACUAGUAAUGAGCUGCCGCUGAAGUUUUCUACCGGAACUUCUUUGCACACCAGUGAAGGUGGUUCUGUUGGUGUCAUAUUGACUUCUCGGGAUGACUGGACUCCCUCGGUAGAUACACAUGCCAAGAUUGAUGAGGAUGCACCGAGAAUUGCUGUUAGAACCAAGGGACAUCGGGAUGAUAAGACUCUUGAUUCGUUUCAGCCAUCUCAGGCAGAUUGGAUCAAACGAUAUGUCGAGCAACAAGAAGAGGAUGAGUCCACAACUUGGGAGGAUGAUGCCGAUGAGGCUUUGGCUGAGAAGGCUCUUAAACCAAGGUCUUACGAUCUUAUUGCCAAAGAUUAUCAUGCUGCACGAUUGGAAGCUGCAAAAGCCAAGCAAAACCGGGACAAGAAAAGCCAGGAACGGGCAGGCAGCAUCAUCCGCAAUCUCAAGCAAGAGUUAUCUGCUCUAGGGUUAUCAGACGACAUAUUGGCAUCAGAAUUUGCAAAGGAACAAGGUUCUGCUCCUUCUGAGGACACAUAUGAUAGUCCUUGCAAUCAGUGUGAAGGAGUCUAUGCUGAUGAUUUAAUAGUUGACGAAAGUAAUACAGAGCACAGCGGCUCUAUUCAUUCUCCAGUCAAUUCUACUCCAAGUGUACCUGUCCAAGGAAAGAUUGUUGCAGAAGAAGAGUCAACAGAUGUGGAGAUUGGUAAUUUCUUCUUAGAAGAUGGGCCAUCUGCAGAUGUUCCACCUCCUGAAAUUUUGGAACUACAGAAGAAAGAAAGGAUGAGAGAAAUGUCUAGUGAGAAAAAUCUGGAGAAAUUAGAUGGUAUUUGGAAGAAGGGGGACUCUCGAAAGAUUCCCAAGGCUAUUCUUCAUCAGUUAUGUCAAAGAUCCGGAUGGGAAGCUCCAAAGUUUAAUAAAAUGAAUGGAAAGCAAAAUAAUCUCUCUUAUACUGUCAGCGUUUUGCGUAAAGCCAGUGGGAGAGGUAAAAGCAGAAAGGCUGGGGGCUUGGUCACCCUUCAGCUUCCUGAUCAGCAUGUAACUUUUGAUUCAACUGAGGAUGCACAAAAUGGAGUGGCAGCAUUUGCUCUUUGUCAACUGUUUCCUGAUCUCCCAGUUCACCUAUUAAUUAUUGAGCCUUAUGCUUCUCUAGUCAUUCAAUGGAUGGAAGGGGAAUCAUCAACGAAUGUGGAAGAUAGUGAGGAAGAUCGAAGAGCUACUUUUGUGGACUCACUUUUGAGAGUUGAUGGUUCUGCUUCAACUUCUGCUGCUAAUGUUACGAAUGAUAUUGUUCCAGAAAAGGCUCAAGAACUCCAUGUUGAACAACCUAUAAGCGCAGGUGUUGCUCAUGUUGAUUUAGCAGCUCAAAGAGUACAUCGUCUCAAGGAAGUGGAGAGCACUUAUUUGAGACAAGAACUGGAGAAUAAAGUGAAAAAUCCAAAAUUCAAGGACAUGUUGAAAACUAGAGCUGCACUUCCCAUUGCUGGUUUGAAGGGUGAUAUACUGCAACUGCUGAGUGAGAAUAAUGUUCUAGUUGUUUGUGGUGAAACAGGUUCUGGAAAAACAACCCAGGUUCCGCAAUUCAUAUUGGAUGACAUGAUCAAAUCGGGACAUGGUGGAUAUUGUAACAUUAUAUGCACACAACCAAGGAGAAUAGCGGCUAUCUCUGUGGCUGAAAGAGUUUCUGAUGAGCGCUGUGAACCUUCACCUGGUUCAAAAGGUUCUUUGGUUGGUUAUCAAGUUCGUCUCGAUAGUGCAAGCAAUGACAAGACUAAGCUUCUCUUUUGUACGACGGGCAUUCUUCUGAGAAAAUUUGUGGGGGAUAAAAACUUGACAGGAGUUACUCAUGUCAUAGUUGAUGAAGUACAUGAGCGGUCUCUUUUGGGUGAUUUCCUGCUCAUAGUGUUGAAGAAUCUGAUUGAGAAGCAAUCAGCUCUUAACACACCAAAACUGAAGGUUAUUCUGAUGUCUGCAACUGUUGAUUCAAAUUUGUUUUCGAGAUACUUUGGUAAUUGCCCAGUGAUUACUGCAGAAGGCAGAACACAUCCUGUCACAACAUACUAUCUUGAGGAUAUAUACGAAAGCAUAGAUUAUCAGAUUGCUUCAGACUCUCCAGCUUCCAUGAGAUAUGGAGCUUUGACCAAAGAAAAGGCUGGUCCUGUAAACAACCGCAGGGGAAAGAAGAAUCUUGUUUUAUCUGGUUGGGGUGAUGAUUCUCUGCUCUCUGAAGAAACUAUAAAUCCGUAUUAUGUACCAGAUAGUUAUCAAUCGUACAAAGAGAAAACUCGACAAAACUUGCAAAGAGUGAAUGAAGAUGUCAUUGAUUAUGAUCUUCUUGAAGACUUGGUGUGCCAUGUUGAUGAAACUUGCAGUGAGGGAGCCAUACUUGUCUUCUUGCCUGGAGUAUCUGAAAUUUACACUUUAGUUGAUAAGCUAUCUGCUUCGUAUCGAUUUGGUGGACCAGCUUCUGAUUGGAUUCUUCCACUACAUUCUUCCGUUGCAUCAACUGAUCAAAAGAAGGUGUUUUUACGGGCUCCUGAGAACAUACGGAAGGUCAUUGUAGCUACAAACAUUGCAGAGACCAGCAUAACAAUAGAUGAUGUGGUAUAUGUUAUAGACUGUGGAAAGCAUAAGGAGAAUCGUUAUAAUCCACAAAAGGUUUGUUGUUUUAACGUUUUUAAUGAAUGA